CAUCUGAGGUGUCAAUUUUCAGGAAGAACAUCUUUUUUUGAGAACCGGCUGCUUGCGACGAGUAGGGUCCGGGGAUGAGGGCGCUGUCGAUCUAGUUUAACCAAAUAGACUUUAUAUCGACUGAUUAUUAUUGCUCCAGAAGCUUUAAAUGAGGGAAACACCACUGUGUCAAUUGAGAUAUAAUGGAAGAGUGAGGACAUGGACAUGUUUGGCUAUCUUAGCCUACAAGGAAAUUCAUCAGACACUGCAACAGGCUGAAGCUAAAAGUUGUAUUGCCAGACUCACAGAAUGGCUGGAUGAACGGGAAAAAGAUUGAUCUGAUGGCCUACAGAAUCAAGAAGAAUAUCAAUGACAAAUGACCAGCCACUUCUCCAUACACUGCAUAUCAAGAUUCAUUGUGUGUAAACCUGUCGUUUGGAGAGCCCCCUUCACUUUUUUUGCACUGCUGUGGACACUUUAUCUGCCUGACAUCUGUGAAAGUCUACAAGAUGAAAGGUCGUACCGGGGCAUUUGCUGCUACAGUAGUGAUUUGUUCAUGUCUUAUAUUUGUCUACACAAACUUGAACCCUGAGGGGCCUGUUACUCGCUGUGUCAUACCAGAUAUUCCUGUGAGGUCUGUCACUGGUCACCCAAGACCAAGUGUCACACCUGAUACAGUCGAUGGAAAAGUAAACAGAAGCCAACUUCGUGAUGUCAGGAUAUCCACAGUCCACCUUUCCACUGUAUUUAGAACAGCUAUUCCACAGAGUGGUGCGUUCUGGAACAGAAAGUUUUACUCUGUUCUCAAAAAGUUGGAUAAAAAAGGAAAUCUUCCAAAAUCUGAAAUCAGUGGCAACGGUACGCUAGAGAGUACAGAGUCUCUGCAAACAAACAUAGCAGAUUUCAAUAAAUACCCAUCGAUCCACCAGGAUUUUUUGCGCAGCAUGCAUUUCCGUAGUCCUGAUAUUCUCAUCAACCAGCCCAACAAGUGCACUUCUAAUGGCAAACCUGACACAGUGACUCUUCUCUUUGCCCUUAAGUCUAGUGCACAGAAUUUUGCACAACGACAAACUAUUAGGCAGACUUGGGGGCAAGAAAAGGCGUAUGAAAAUGGUCUGCUGGUACGAACAGUUUUUGUCUUAGGCACCUCUUCCUCUGAGGAACCUGAUCUCGGAAAGCUCUUAUCCCUCGAAGCCCAGGAGUUUGGUGAUUUGCUUGUCUGGGACUUUAAGGAUACAUUUUUCAACCUCACUCUAAAAGAACAUGUAUUUCUCAAAUGGUCUAUCCUACACUGUCCUCAGGUCUCCUUUAUUUUCAAGGGUGAUGAUGACGUUUUUGUUAAUACAAAUGCUAUUCUGAAAUACCUUAAGUCACUGCAGCCAGCCAAGGUGUCAAAACUGUAUCUUGGUCAAAUAAUAUCGCAAGCCUCCCCCCUGCGUGACCCUAAGAUAAAGUACUAUGUCCCACACACCUUCUAUGAUGGACCCUAUCCUCCCUACGCAGGUGGUGGUGGCUUUGUGUUCUCGGGGGCUCUGCUGGAGUCUCUCUACAGUAUAACCUGGUUCAUCCCGUUUUUUCCCAUCGAUGAUGUCUACACAGGAAUGUGUUUCCAAGCUCUUGGUAUAGUUCCAGAGAAACACCAAGGGUUCAGGACUUUUGACAUCAUGGAGAAGGAUCGGGAGAAUGCAUGCGUGCACAAAGAUCUGCUUGUGGUGCAUCGGAGAAGUCCACAGCAAACUCUACGGCUGUGGCAGAGAUUAGAGAGCCCUCUUCUCACUUGCUAAAGCAAAUCCCUAUCAUACAAAUACCAUGCAAACUUUACUAAAAUGUGUACAAUGGGUGAUUGGUGUACAUUUUGUCUAAUGAUUUUUAAAUUAUGAUUAUUGAAAGGGCUACAUCCUUUUUUUGUAGGUACCAUUUGAAUGUUAACUAGUCUAUGCAAAUAACUAAAUGUAAUGGAUGUAGUUAAAAUCAUUUUCAUUUCCAUAAUGGCUACAAUACAGUCCAUGCCAAGCUGCAAAACCGGUUCUGUGAGUGUGAGAUGAUCAAGCAGAAUGAAAAGUUUGGUAUGGAUUUGAGUCAUAUGGUCUUGGCCAGACAUUGUCCAUAUGACACCACCUAGUGCAUUCAGGGAGCAAUGACAAAACAAAAUCCACUAGAGAAAGACCAGGGGUGCCUCUCCUGUGCUGUUUUAUACCUCACCCUCCCUUCCUUCCUCGAGACUCGUCCUCACUAAUCUAGAUAAAGAAUGAUCAGGGCGGAAACAAUGGGAUAGUCUAUAUCCAGUGUUAGUUAUAGAUCAGUGGGAAUGCCCCUCGAGGAUCGAGGAGAGAUGUUGAGAGGCACCCCAGGACUGUCAGUAAGCACAGGUAUGGAAAUUAAUCUAAAUGUUUGUUUGAAAAUUCUUGAAAAUCUUUUGUUGAUUCUGUUUUGUAUAGAUUCUUUAUUUUGAGUGUCUUCUUACUUUUUGUCUUUGUUUGUUACAUGAUUUAUGGCAUUCCACUAGUCCGUUACCUGUGUUAUUCAUACGUUGGCCCAAUCUUGAUGCAUGUCCACACCCACAGGCUCAGAGGCUUUGAUGUGCCUUUGAGUCCUUGAGCUUAGGGCUGUCCCAUUGUCAAAUUGUCAAGUGCAUGAAGGCUCUCUAGCUGACAUUUUGAGCCCUUAAUGCCCGUAUGAGCUGAAGCAUAGUGCUAAGGUGACGGUGCUGGUUCAGCAGCUACAGUACAGUUGGAUGAGGAUGACGUAAAUGGGGCUACAGCCAUUGAAGUAGGAGAUGUCACAGAGUCUCUGUUCAUUGCUUAUCAUUUAAAUGAGACAGUGUCAGUGUCAGUGUGUUGCCCAUUUCCUAUAGGAUUUUGAGCCCUUGCCAUGUCUCACACUUACAGGUGAUGUCAGUUAAGCCAUAACUUUUUAGGGUUCAGGGCUUGGAGUCCUUUGGGGUGACAACAGGUUCAGCCCAGUUGUGUAAAUUCUCUCCACCACUUUGUGGCUUGAGGAAGGCCAAUAUGGCCACAGUGCGUAUGCCCAUCAGUUUGUAAAUUGUUUAAUCGCAUCAUUUAUAUGAAAAGCUUUCUUAUGCACGAGUGCCUUUGUUUCUCUUUUUUUCAAUAAACAAUAAAAUCUUGAGAGAGUAAUCUCUCCGCCUGUA